UGGGGGGUCAGUCGCGGUCAGAGUGCGACUCCACCGCUCUGCUCACCCGCCCCGUCCUUUCCAAAGAAACGUGCUCAUAAUGGGGUGACCUAAUUACAUCGCAAUGGAACCGGCUCUUAGCCACUCAGCGCACAGGGUUUCAUAACAGACCCCGCGGCCUCGAGUGCUGGGAAGAAACGUGCGAGGGCCGAGGAGGCGGCCGGGCACGCGGGGAAAUAGGAAAGAAAGGCAGCCCCACGAUUUCCGCCUCGUCUGCACUCCGGCACCCUGGGGAAGGCUGGGGGGCUGGUGGCGGACACGUUAACAACUUUUUAUUUGGGUGGGUGGAGGGGCAUCUGAACCUAACAGUAAAUAAAUAUAUAUUUUACAGGUUUUAAGGGAAUAAUAAUCAAUUGGGGGCCUUUCGGUUUCGAGGAUCCCAUACCCCCCCUCCCCCCAUCCCGCCAAAACAGCGCAGCGUGACAAGCCAUAUGUUCCGUUCCCGUGGGGGCGGGGGAGAAGCAACAAUAAGUUAAAAAUGCCGCCUCCCCCCAUCUCUUUACCUUCCGUCUUACCAAAGUCACUUUUUUUCAUUGUUCAAGUGUCUAGGGAUGUGUGUGGGGGGGAAGGGGGGAGUUUCGGCGCGGCCCAUAGUUCAGGGCGCGCGUGGAAAGUUGUGCGUUGCUGGGUGGCUUUUUCUUUUUCUUUUGAAUGGGGGGAAGGGGCGUUCUUGAGGAUUCAGGUUUUCUCUAGAAAAAAGUUUACAGAUGGGAUGCGUGCAAUAAAUACCACUCCCAGGCCUGUAAAAACAAUCCGCCGGGGCGGUGGUCUUUUUCGCGACGUCCUCCCCUCCCACCCACACUCGGAGAGUGCCGGCUGCAAAGCGAGCGCGAGUGUAGACGCGUGCGGCGCGCUAAACCGUUCUGCGCUCGCCCCCGCCAGGCCGGGUCCUCCCGGGGGAAAAAAAGCCUCCCUGAUCCCCUCCCAGCCAUCUCCCCUCUGAAAAAAAACAUAAAAUCCUAGACUUCAACGCUUUGUGCGUCCCAAAUAUCCAAUCUUCUCUCUUCCUGCCGGGUUUGGGGAGAGGAGCCGAGUGCGGAAGAGAACUCGGGAAAAGAGUAAGUUGUGCGGCCACUUGGAGAAGUUUCAAGCGAGAUCUGCUCAAGAUGGAAACUGCAGCCCAGGCGCUAAGGAUGGACUUCUGCUCCUGCUUGCAAAAAGAGAAAGUCGAGCCUGCCUUCCUGCCCGACGAAAAACAACAACACAACAACAAGAACCCCGAAGAGGGUGGAAUGAGUGAUGUCACAGAGCCGCGCUCGCAGGCUGACAAAGGGGGGGGCGCUCCCCUCCCCCUCUGCGCCCCGCGCGGCCCCAGAGACGGGCGCCUCCAACGCGGGGUAGCGAAGCGAGCGGAGUCGAAACUUUUCCUCUUUAAGAAAAAAAAGUUGUGCGCGGCUCGCAGUGGGGUUUUUUUUUUCUUCGCCGCCUUUCCUCGUUUCCCCUCCCCCUUCUUCCUUUUGAAAGUUUCUUUUUUUUUUUUCCCGAGUUUGACCGCAUGGCUGAUUCAACUUCAGUGUCAAUCAACUUUUUUUUUCCCUUCUCUUCCUUAUUUAAAUAAGUUUAAAGCUCCUCCUCCCCCGGCCCACUAAAUCUGAAACUUUAUAAAUUGGGCUUCGCGCGCCGCAGCCCGGGAGAGUCAGAAAGGCGAGGGGCGCCGGGAGCAGGCGUGUGGGACUCCAGACCCGAGAGCCGGAGGCUGCGCCUUCCCCGCACCGGGACCUUCGAGACACAUCAGAUCCUCGUCCCUGCCCCGCGCGAGCGCCCAGGAUGACCACCACCCUCGUGUCUGCCACCAUCUUCGACUUGAGCGAAGUUUUAUGCAAGGGUAACAAGAUGCUCAACUACAGUACUCCCAGUGCAGGGGGCUGCCUGCUGGACAGGAAGGCGGUGGGCACCCCGGCCGGUGGGGGCUUCCCCCGGAGGCACUCGGUCACUCUGCCCAGCUCCAAGUUUCACCAGAACCAGCUCCUCAGCAGCCUCAAGGGUGAGCCGGCCCCAGCUCUGAGCUCUCGGGACAGCCGCUUCCGAGACCGCUCUUUCUCAGAAGGGGGCGAGAGGCUGCUGCCCACCCAGAAGCAGCCAGGGAGCGGCCAGGUCAACUCCAGCCGCUACAAGACGGAGCUGUGCCGCCCCUUCGAGGAGAACGGUGCCUGUAAGUACGGGGACAAGUGCCAGUUUGCGCACGGCAUCCAUGAGCUCCGAAGCCUGACCCGCCACCCCAAGUACAAGACGGAGCUGUGCCGCACCUUCCACACCAUCGGCUUCUGCCCCUAUGGGCCCCGCUGCCACUUCAUCCACAACGCCGAGGAGCGCCGCGCCCUGGCGGGGGCCCGGGACCUCUCCGCUGACCGUCCCCGCCUCCAGCAUAGCUUUAGCUUUGCUGGGUUUCCCAGUGCCGCUGCCACCGCUGCUGCCACGGGGCUGCUGGACAGCCCCACGUCUAUCACCCCACCCCCCAUCCUGAGCGCAGACGACCUCCUGGGCUCACCCACCCUGCCUGAUGGCACCAAUAACCCCUUUGCCUUCUCCAGCCAGGAGCUGGCCAGCCUCUUUGCCCCUAGCAUGGGGCUGCCCGGGGGUGGCUCCCCAACCACCUUCCUCUUCCGGCCCAUGUCCGAGUCUCCCCACAUGUUUGACUCUCCCCCGAGCCCUCAGGAUUCGCUCUCGGACCAGGAGGGCUAUCUGAGCAGCUCCAGCAGCAGCCACAGUGGCUCAGACUCCCCCACUUUGGACAACUCAAGACGCCUGCCCAUUUUCAGCAGACUUUCCAUCUCAGAUGACUAAAGCAGGGUAGGGAGGGACCCCCUGCCUACUCUACCCCCACCCCGC